GAGGCCGAGGAGGCGGCGCUGAAGGGCGCCGAGGCGAGCGGAGGAGCAGCCGGGUCCGAGGCUGGUGACAACGAUGCUGUCGGACAAAGUGGAGAAACGGGUCGCCUCGUCCGUCUUCAUCACCCUUGCGCCCCCAAAGAGGGACAAUUGCGUCAAGAGUGAAAUAAGGCCGCAGACGGUCCCCCUUCGCCCCAGCAACCCCUUUCCCAAGGAGGCGCUGAAGCCACAGGCUUCCGCCCCGCCCGAGACAACCACUAGUGCUGUUAAAGGGAGCAGGGCGACCUCCCUCGGAGCUGCCGGCAUCUCCAAUGGAGGUUGCUCUGCCCUGCCACCGCCUCCCGCCAUCCUACCUGGGAAUCCUGUGGACAGUGACCUAGAAAGCCUCUUUCCUCCUCCACCUCCAUCGUAUUCUAGUCCCUUCUCUGUGGAGACUCUUGGUCCUGAUUUCCAGAAGCAAACAGCAGUUUUGCCCAGAUCCCUGCAGACUUCUUCAACAUUUCCAGCAGAAAUGAAACAACCUAAAAUUCUGCCCUCAACCCUCGGUUGGACUGAUGAACGGCAGACAGAAAGGCAGGUGGAGAAUACUGUUUCCACAGAUGUCUGCGCUUUUUGCCACAAAGCCAUCUCCCAACGGGCUCCUGCCCUUGAGGCUAUGAACAAACGGUACCACGCCAGCUGUUUUACAUGCCGGAAAUGUAACUGUACCCUGACAGGGCAGCGCUACUACCAGAAAGAGGGACGGCCCCUCUGCCUCGCCUGCUACCAGAACACUCUGGAGAAAUGUGCCAUGUGCCAGGCCUUAAUCCUGAACCAAAUUGUGUGGGCCAUGGGCAAUGGAUACCACCCAGAGUGCUUCACCUGUGUGGCGUGUGGCCGAGCCAUUGGGGAUGAGACCUUUGCGGUGGGUGACAACAACGAGGUGCAUUGCCUGGACGACUUUUACAGGAAGUUUGCUCCAGUGUGCGGUGCCUGUGAGAAACCCAUUAUUCCAAAGGAGGGUAGGGACUCCUACAGGAUCGAAUGCAUGGGGAGAAACUUCCAUGAGGAUUGCUAUCGGUGUGAGCGAUGCCAGGCCCUGCUGUCCCCAGAGCCCACGGAGGAGGGAUGCUACCCUUUGGGCAGCCGUCUUCUCUGCAAGCCCUGCCACAUCCGGCAGACCAAAGAGGCGUCCUGCUGAGCAACGAGGUGCGAGUAUCUUUCUGGAGGCUGCAGCGCAGAGCAGGGCAAACAGGAUGGUGUAUUUUAGCCUCCCAACAUCCUGCCUCGCCCCUCUCCUGCUUCCGCCUUCCCUCUGAGCCUUUUUUAAAAAAAUGUCUUUCUGUGUUGGGGUUUAAAUCUUGGGGCUGAGUGAAAUUCAGGGCUUGACAACAAGACUUUCUAGUGGGACAGAGCUAAAGAAAUUUCAACCAGCUCAGGGCUCUGUUUCCUCUCGAGAGGUGUUCCUAGCCAGUCAAGGCUAACAGCCCACACUGCAUAUCCUGGCCCAGGUGGAGGCUUGCUGGAACCCUUUUCCACCCACUAGAGGGCACAUGUG